CUCGCAUCGUUUGGUGUAGACUGUCUCCUGUCUCACUUGCACUCCUUCACGGCCAGCGAGGCCGACAGCACUCUGUAAUGGAAUAGCAUCGUCGCACUUUUCUCUCGCUCAGCCCCCCAUUGUCCGUCUCGUUGAGAAAUACGGCCGCUGUAAAAGGGAAAUCUCCCCCCACCGACUUUCCGAACGCCUGACUCCGAGGCACGCCGUCCGCAGCGAUGCCAGAUAACGCAGAGGAACAUGUGGCCGAAGGAAAGAAGGCCGGCCUAGUCGAAAAGAUGAAGCGAAUUAAGGACAUCACGGCAGCACCGGGAAAGUUCUUCUCCUAUACUCGUCUGCUAUUUUCCCUCGACUACACUGUGACAGACGUCCUGCUUAUUAUAACCGGUGUCUUCUUCUCAAUUGCCGCCGGUAUCCCAUUCCCCUUGCUCGGUAUCGUCUUCGGUGAAUUGGUCGACGACCUCAAUACCUCCCAGUGCUCUCCCUCCGAAGCAGCCACCAGCAAUGUGUCUGACGGAGUGCGGCAGAAGGUCCUCUACGUUAUCUACAUCACCAUCGCCAAUUUUUGCUUCAUCUACAUCCAUUGCAGCUGCUGGUGCUAUGUCAGUGAGCGCAUCGCACGACGGUACCGGCGGCGGUACUUUGAAAGCGUCGUCAAGCAAGACGCGGCUUAUAUCGAAAGUCUGUCUUCGGGCGAUAUCGUCUCGCGGCUUGUUAGUGAUGUCGAGACGCUGCAGUCUGGAACGUCGGAGAAGGUGGGCCUUGUGAUAUCCACGGUCUCGUACUUUGUAGCCUCCUAUGUCGUGGCUUUCAUCAAGGUGCCCAUCAUUGCUGGAAUCCUGGUUUCCGUCGUGCCUUGCUUCUUUAUGAUGUCGAUGCUGGGCUAUUUGAUCAAGAGAUACGCCGGUCGCAUCAGCACACAUGUAAAUGCUGCAACCUCGAUUGCCUCGUCCAGUUUGUCGCAACUGCCCCUUGUCCACGCCUUCAAUGCGAACCAGAGCCUGGAGCGGGAAUUCGCCGGGCACCUCUCCGCGACCAGGAUUGACGCUCUCAAGAAGGCGACUACGCAUGCGGUCCAGUUGGGUCUGCUCUACUUCAUUGCCUACAGCUCCAAUGCGCUGGCCUUCUGGGAGGGCUCUCGCUUGAUCGCCAAGUCUGUUGAAACCGAUGACAACUCAACAUCAGUGGGUGCGGUCUAUACCGUCAUCUUCGUCCUGAUCGACGCUUCGUUUAUUCUCAGCCAGGUCGCUCCGUUUGUUCACGUCUUUGCGUCCGCAGUAGGCGCCGCUGAUCGGUUGUUGGCCGUCAUCAACCGACCCUCCGACAUUGACGGAACGAGCGAAGAGGGCGACAAGACUGCCUUGUUCAGCACACAGGAUAUUGUCUUGGAGGACGUGCGCUUCCAUUACCCUUCGCGACCAGAGGCGGAGGUUCUAAAGGGCGUGAACUUCACCAUUCCCCCUGGAAAGCACACCGUGGUGGUAGGACCAUCCGGUGGCGGUAAAUCAACCAUCGUGUCUCUCCUGGAGCGCUUCUACGACCCAACAGCAGGUCAGGUCCGCUUGGGCAAGCAGGAUUUCCGUGACUUGAAUGUGCGGUAUCUACGUGGCAACGUCGGCCUUGUUCAGCAGGAGCCAGUCCUGCUCGACCGUUCUAUCCUCGAGAACAUUGCCUACGGCCUGAUCGUCUCCCCCAUCGAGAGCCACCAACCCCUCGUUCCGUUUGCUGCAGACUCGACACUGGCUGACCUUACCGACAUGGUCCGCAGCGGUACCCCAGAGGCCGAAGCCCUUGCACAGUUUGAUCCGAAGGUUUCUCAGAUUGUCGAGCUGGUCCGACAGGCCGCGGCGCGCUCCAAUGCCUUGUCCUUCAUCGAUGAGUUGCCUCUGGGGUUUUUCACCGGCUCCGGUACACUUGGUAGCCAGCUGAGUGGUGGUCAGAGACAAAGAAUCGCCCUUGCAAGAGCCCUUAUUCGUGAAUCCUCGGUCCUGAUCCUCGACGAAGCCACCGCAGCCUUGGACUCAAGGAGCGAGAAACUGAUCCACGACGCUCUCACCAACCUACCAGAGCGGGUGACAAUGGUUUCCAUUACCCAUCGCCUGGCCACCGCUAGAAACGCCGACAAGAUCAUCGUGCUGCAACAGGGGGAGGUCGCCGAGGAGGGCACCCAUGCAGAACUUGUUGCAAAGGACGGCAUCUACGCUGAAAUGAUACGCAUUCAAACGCUGGCAAAUGUCAGCCCAGAGCUGACCCCUUCGGAGUCUUCGAUUGAGAGCGAGGACAUUCCGAUAGAGGCAGACAACUCCGUUACCAAAGAGGCAUCCAUCACUGUGCACGAGCCAAAGGAUUCGGCCGAGUACAGCGAUGAAAAAGAACAACCCAAGCAAGACGGCGACAAGAAGCCAGACUCCAAGAGCAAAAGCAAGCGCAAACACUCUCGUUGGUUCAUCACCAAAUUCAUAUUUGCCCUUCUGCGCCCGAACUUCGGCUACAUUGUGCUCGGUCUGGCAGCAGCAGUCAUUAUCGGUGGCAGUUAUAUCGCAGAAGCCGUUAUAUUCGGUCAAACUCUGGGAGUCUUGAACCCCUGCGUUGGCGCCGAGGCCAUCCGUAGUGGCGGUGAGCUGUUCGGAUUGCUUUUCUUCGUCAUGGCUCUUGUCGAACUAUUUGCCAAUCUGAUCAGUGGUUUUGCAUUUGGAUGGGCUGCCCAGAAGGUUCUGUACCGAAUUCAGGUUCUCUCUCUCCGGUCACUGCUGCGCCAGAGUACCUCCUGGCACAAAGCAGAAGGCCGCACUCCAGGGACACUGCUCAGCUAUAUCACCAGUGAUGCAACUGCACUUGGAGGCAUUACUGGUACCACCAUUGGUCUACUCUUGGCCGCGGCCGUGAACCUGAUUGCUGGCGUGGUCGUGUCCUUCGCCAUUGCAUGGAAGAUCACCAUUGUGCUUCUACCUACGAUCCCUGUUCUUCUGCUUUCGGGAUUCAUGAAGCUGCGCACCCAGGCCCAGUUUGCUGAGCGGCAUCAAAAGGCAUUUGCCGAUGCCACGUCCGUCACCAUCGAAGCAGUUGACAACCUCCGCCUGGUAUCAGCCUUCUCCUUGGAGAAGAAGGUCUAUUCAACAUACGAGCGAGCACUACGAGAGCCCUAUGACAAGACAUUGCGCUCGAUUGCAACCGGAAACGUCUUUCUGGCAUCGGCCUUCAGCGUCAGCAACCUGGUGUAUGCCCUGGCCUACUGGUGGGGAACUCGGCAGAUCCUGGAGGGCCGUUACACUCAGACCCAGUUCUUCAUUGUGAUGCCUGCGCUGCUCUUCAGUACCCAGUCAUGCAGUCAAAUGUUUGCGCUGGCACCCGACAUCUCCAAGGCUGGAAUCGCAUCAACAAAUGUUACGCAGUUGCUGACGACCCGUUCGGCGGACGAAGAGCUCGGCCACAAGGCCUCAAAACGAGUCAGUGAUUACGAUACCCAUCUGCUCCCUGAGAAGCCCCUUGAUAGCGAGGCUGCACCGCCGUCCGGUCAGUCAGACAACGAGAAGGGGAGAAUCUCUCUGAGUGCCGGCGGCAUCGGCGUCGAGCUGCGAGACGUACAUUUCGAAUACCCUUCGCGGCCGGGUCGACCAGCUCUGUCUGGGCUAAAUAUCAAGAUACAGCCUGGUCAGUUCUGCGCCUUGGUCGGACCUAGUGGAUCAGGCAAGUCGACGACGUUCUCCAUGAUAGAGCGAUUCUACCGCCCUGCGUCAGGAUCCGUGAUCAUUGACGGAGUCGACAUUACGCGGCAGCUUGGAACGGGCUUCCGUGACGAUAUAUCUCUUGUCCCCCAGGAGAAUGUUCUGUUCGAGGGUACGGUGGCCUUCAACAUUGGGCUGGGCGGCCGUCCUUCGCACCCGCCAACCCAGGAAGAAAUUGAGGAAGCCUGCAAGAUGGCGAAUAUUCACGACGUGAUUGCAGCUCUGCCUGAUGGUUACCAGACGCACUGCAGCCACGAUGGAAAGCAGUUUUCCGGAGGUCAGCGCCAGCGACUCUCGAUUGCACGGGCGCUGGUACGUCAGCCACGCCUGCUGUUGCUCGACGAGUCCACCAGUGCCCUGGAUGCAGAGUCCGAACGUCGGAUGCAAGAGGCACUCAAGAGACUGCAAGGACGCACCACGGUCAUUGCCAUUGCACACAGACUGAGCUCUAUUCAGCAGUCAGACCGCAUAUUCCUCAUUGACAACGGGCGCUGUGCUGAGCAAGGAACGCAUGUUGAACUCAUCCAGCGCAGCGAGAUGUACCGCACCAGUGUUCUUCACCAGUCCCUAAACACAUAGCAUAGGCCUUUAAUAUACCCUCGACCCUAUCUUAGACUUUAGACAGAUAAUUAGC